UGUACAUACAUGUACAUGUGUUACAAUGAAAAUGGAGGCUGAUCAUUCUAACAAGGCUGAAUUUCAUGUAUGAAGGAUGCAGCUACAACUUCUUUGAUGCAAAGGCAUAGUGCUUUAGACAGGUGCAAACGGUCCAAAUAUGACUACAGAGUACAUGUACAGCUGGCAUGGCUGGAGGUCGAAAGAGUUCAUUUUUUACAGUGAGAGGAAAACCAGAGAACCUUGAGAAAAACUACAUGUAUCAGAGCUCAGGAAAGAAUGCAGAAGACAAGCCCUGCAGACAGAAGUAUUUCCAGGGGGGAAGCUCUUUUGUAUGUGAAUGCUCUGCUGACUACUGUGAUACAGUAGAGAGACAUGGCAACAUUCAACCCAAUGAGAUUGUAGAGUACAGCUCAAGCAGAGACACUCAUCGCUUUUCAAAGACGGUGCUCGCUAUGAAUGAACAUCCAGCUGAGAAUGUGGAACUGUUGACAGUCAAUUCCUCUGAAGAAUAUCAGAGAAUUGUGGGGUUUGGUGGAGCCUUCACUGACUCAGCAACUAUGAACAUCUUGAAUGUAUCAAGCAAGGUUCAAGAAAAUCUACUCAGGUCUUACUACUCUAUGGAAGGUAUUGAAUAUAAUAUGGGUCGUGUCCCCAUCCAUAGCUGUGACUUCUCUCUGUCAGAAUAUAGCUAUGAUGAUUAUGAUGGUGACUUUGAUCUGGUCAACUUUACACUAGUAUCCGAAGAUUUAGAUUUUAAGAUCCCAGUAAUUCAACGAGCUAAGGCCAUGAGUGAGUACGACAUCCGGCUGUUUGCCAGCCCUUGGUCUGCUCCUGCAUGGAUGAAGACUAACGGUAUGAUGCAUAACACAUUCAAUCAAGGAAGACUCAUCGGCAACCCUGGCCAAAAAUACUACAAGACAUGGGCAAACUAUUUUAUCAAGUUUCUCAAAGCUUACGAGGAACAUCAUGUUCCCAUGUGGGGGCUGACUGUGCAAAAUGAACCCACAGCAGGGCUAGUUCCAUUCUACAACUGGCAAUGUAUGGCCAUGGAGCCACCUACUAUGAGAGAAUUCAUCAAGAUGGAUCUCGGACCUGCUCUACAUGACAAUGGCUAUGGACACAUUCAACUCAUGACACAUGAUGAUAACUUGCCCGGUAUACUGGAAGAUACUGAAACCAUUUUGAAUGACACCCAAGCCCGACACUACACAUCAGGUAUAGCCCUUCACUGGUAUCAGGAUAACCUCCCUUCAGCAGACUAUCAUCAGCUGGAUGAGAUCAUGCAACAUUAUCCAGAACAAUUUGUAUUGGCCACAGAGGCUUGUGAUGGGUACCAGUUCAAUGCAGAACCAGUUAUCCUAGGGAGCUGGGAGCGCGGUGAGGGCUACAGUUCUGAUAUUAUCAUGGAUUUGAACCACUUUGUAGCUGGCUGGGUGGACUGGAAUCUAGCUCUGAAUAUGCAAGGAGGACCUAACUGGGCCAAGAAUGAAGUUGACAGCCCCAUCAUAGUGGAUGCAGACAAUGAUGUCUUCUACAAACAGCCAAUGUUUUAUCAUAUGGGUCAUUUCAGUAAAUUUGUCCCAGCAGGAUCAGUGCGUAUUGGGCUUCAUAACUCCAAUUCAACCAGCUCUCUUGACACUAUUGCAUUUAAACGUCCAGAUGGUGCUUUGGCAGCUGUGCUUCUCAACAGGGGAGACACAGAUGCACCAUUCAGCAUGCAUGACAUCAACAAAGUGGGCUACUUCAAUUCAUCAAUCCCAGCACACACUAUCAAAACAUAUUUGUGGAAGUUUGCAGAUUCAUCUCUGACCACGGAGUCUUCAGUAUCUUCAGAACAUCCUACUGUCUCUAACGACUGCAGCAGGGUACAGAAUAAAGCUGCCUGGAUUCUAACCACAGCCUGGAUUACAUGUAGUUUAAUCACUAUGGUUAUCAAGAUGUGAAAUCACUUCAUUAAUAAUUCAACAAAGUGUGUCAGAAACUGACUGAACAUUUACAGGCUGUAUACUGUACACAUGUACCUGUCAAUAAGCUUCAGAAAAAGGUACGCAGUAUUUAAAGCAACACCAAGUAUCACAUAGUGUACUGGCACAUGUAAACCCUGUGCAUGUACAAAGCACAUGCACAUUAUAAGAACCAUAUACCGUAACAAUCUAUUUUUAAAAGGUCACAGUCUUUUGCAUCAAAUUAAACAGUAAAUUACCAUAUCUACGCUUUUGCUGACUGCUUAUAAGAAUCCAUGGUACAAUACAUGUUUUCAGACCUCUUUUUUCAGUUUCUGAUAACAAAAUGUACUGGUACCUGAUACAUGUACAUGUAUGUCUAUUGAAACCAUGACAUUUUGUGUGCCACUUCAUGUCAUUUGAUCAUUAAAAUAUUUACAGUAUACAUGUACAUGUAAGUUUCCCAAAUUUCACAAAGGACACAUGAACAUGUAACUACUGACUUGACAAGUUACGUUCUGACUUGAAGAUAAAGAGGGAAAAGUAGGGAUUGAAGUCAAGUCAUACAUGUCCCGGUACCCCGUACAUGUACGGUAUCAAUUUGUAAAUGGCACUACUUUAUGUACAUGUACAAUACACGUACAAGUACAUGUAUGUACUUCAUGCUGAUUUUACACCAUUCUUACACAUGUGUUAGCAACCAGAUGGGAUAUGAGUUAAAAGUCAAACAAAUGUGCAAAUGGUUUUCUCAUUUAGUUUAUUAGCAAAUUUAUUCCACUGAUGAAAAAAUUUGUUUGCAUGUAUAUGUACCGGUAUAUGAACCUUUGUUAUUUGCUAUGAUGGGUGAUAAAGGUAAUAAGAAAUAACCUUGAUGGACUCAUUAGCAAGCAUGCAUCACUGGAAUGAGAAAAUAAACAAAAGGCAGUAACUUUGGGCAUGUGUAAAACUUUGUUCAAAAAUUACUAUUUACCAUGUUUGUAAUUCUGUGUCAAUUCAAUAUGCUUUUGGACCGGACCAGCACAGAUAGAAACCAAAUUCGGUGUGCUGAUUGGAUUCCAAGAGAAACUCGCGAACCCAAAUUUCAUGUCAAUUGGCAACCUAGCUUUUGAGAUACGGGUUAACACACUUUUGUCUAACAUACAUGUAGCUUAAUCCGUUUUGUUUGGACAGCCAUACAUGUACAUGUAUGUCCUGAAGUAAAGCACCCACAGAAAUAUCAAAAGUAUUCCAUGAACCACCGAAAAAUUAUGCAAAUCUACUCCUUUGACCUCGAUUUUCAAAAGUGCACAGUUUUCAAAAUGAAUGAUAAAUGUAACCAACAUUUCGAGAAAGAUUUAGGAUGAGCACUCUUAUAGUUUGGAGUUAUGUUUAUUUGAACCUUGGCAAAAACUGAAAAGUAUAUGAAUUGUACAAUUUAAACAUGCAUUUUUGAAAAUUAAACAUUUUUUGCAAAUCGAGGUCAAAGGUCAUCUAUUUGCAUAUUUUACAGUUGUAUGUGGGAUGAUUUUAAUUGUAUCUCUGUGGGUGCUUUACUUGAGGAAAUAUAGGGCUGUCCAAACAAAGCAUUUCAAUCCUUGACGGUCGGGUCCCAAAGCAUGUUGAAUUGACAAAGCAGGUCAAGUUAAUUAGUCAAAAUUUUUUUAACCUGUAUCCCAAAAACUAAUAGACUGAUUGACAGAAAAUUUCAGUUCUGGGGUUUUCUCAAGGAAUCUGAUCAACAAACCAAUUUUUGUUUCAAUCUUGUUAUCUAUGGUCAGGUCCCAAAGUGUGUUGAAUUAACACAGAAUGACCCAUGUACAUGUACAUGUAUACAUGUAUCAACAACCAGUAUUGAAUCAUUAGCAAGCAUGCAUCACUGAAAUCAGAGAGAACAAAUAAAAGACGGUAACUUCUGGCAUUUGUAAAACUUUUUUUUUAAAUUGUAAAAAAAAAUGUUUUACAAAUUAGUAAUUACAUACGUUUUGGCUAUAAAUUAAACAAUGUGGAACACCAAAUUUCAAAUUCAACCAAAGUAUUUCACUCAUUUCAAAAGCAUAAUAAAUUGUGCACGUAUAUAACAAAUUUAGAACAAGUGAGUUGUCUACUGAUCCUGUAUAACAUACAUUUUUACAAAAGACAUCUUUU